AUGCGAAACGAGAAAAACGAGGAGCUUUUUCCGGGUGUAUUGAACAAAAAACGACCGUCAGAUGGUGUUCACUGGCAUCUAAUUCGUAUCAUAGGGAACUACUUCUUCGUUACUGCCUUUAUUUCAUGCAACUUUCGAUCUUCUAGCUGUGCUACUCAUACGCUAUGUUUUUUGAUACGAAUUAUCGCACUGCACUGCUACCUGAUCACAGAAUUGGUAACUGUCUCCAACAGUUGGAUGCUAUCACGACUAUGUUGGAGUAGCUUGGCUUACGUCUCCAAAAUGGAUACUGGCUCGACAGGUCGUGAUCCCGCUUGCCUCGGAAUAAUUUCUGCUCAGCUCUGGUCACAAAGUGCCUACCCCGACUUCUGGUCUAGAGGACAUUGGAUCGGCAUCACAUUGUCGGCCACCUGGUGUUUGGUCUCCAUCGCCUAUCGCAUUGCACUCUUCUACACUACUAAAAUAAAAACAGUGUGA